AUGCCGUCGUUUCCCAACGACGGCCCUUAUCAGACGGCCACGGCUACCCACCCUCGUUCCUUUGACUCGUCGCAAGGGAAAGCCCCCGAGAAACAACCCGUCGGGAACACGUUUCUCUGGACAAACUGGCCCAAUGGAGACUCUCGUCACCUCGACACUCCCAAUGACCGGCAACACCUUUCGAAUGGCACGGCCCCCUCCCCAAACCCGCCCCGCUCAAGUGCCAGUUCCUACACCCGUGACGCGCCCCUAUCCAAAGACGGCAGUAUGCACUCCCUCGCAAAUGGAUCCGCUCGAGACCCUCGGGACGGUGCCCGGCUGUCGAUCUCGCUCGACCGUGACUUCACCCGGAAGUCGUCCGAUACAGGGGUUGGACCGGGAUCGGCGACGGCCUCCGUCGUCAGUCAACAACCAAACGGAGCAGCGUUGAGUCCCGCUAAGCCAAACGGGAAGCCUACAAUGAACGGCGACCAUACUCGUCCGUCUGUCGAUGGCCUCGUCUAUUCCGAUUCCAUGCCCAAUGUCUCUGGAGGACGUCUGUCCACCUCCCCCGAUGAAAGCGGUCGUCUCUCCCCGGACCCUGGUCGCUUGUCCCCGUCUCAAAAGGCCCCACACCGAUACUCAUCGCCCCCCGCGCCAUCUGGUAUGGACGCGCAACAAGACUCUACCCUGCGGAACCGACACACGUUGCAGGUCCCGAGAAACCCUAGUGGCCGCCGGAGUAGCCGUGAUCACUCCGAGGAUACAGCCUACAGUAGUGGACGGCUCUCCCCCCCGGGGGGAUUCCGUCGCACCUCGAUGAGUCUGGUCCGCCGGGCCAGCAGGACCAAUCGCUCUGACACCUUCGGGGAAGAUAUGAAUCCCGACGAAGAUGCCGCCCGAUGGGCCGAGGCCAUCAAGCAACGGAGAGCCUCCCGGAGGCGGCGUCGGGACGACGAUGACGACGAUCGGGUCAUUGUGGGAACGAAGGUCGACCAGAACCACGUCAACUGGGUCACAGCGUAUAAUAUGCUCACAGGGAUCCGGUUUACCGUGUCCAGGAUCAAUGCGAAGAUGGAUCGAGAAUUGACGCCGGCUGACUUUGAGGCCAAGCAUAAGUUCUCCUUCGACAUGUACGCUACAUGCCUUCUCUUUCGCUGGAACCUACUGACUUGGAUUGUGUAUAGCACCGGUAACGAGUUGACCCCGUCCGCCAAAUACGACUUCAAAUUCAAAGACUACGCCCCUUGGGUGUUUCGACAUCUGCGCGCCAAAUUCCGCAUCGAUCCCGCCGACUACCUGAUGUCUCUCACGAGUAAGUACAUACUGUCGGAGCUGGGUUCCCCGGGAAAGAGUGGAAGCUUCUUCUAUUUCUCGCGCGACUACAAAUAUAUCAUCAAGACGAUCCACCACUCCGAACACAAACUGCUACGGAAGAUACUCCCCGAGUACUACAAACACGUCGAGAAGAACCCCAACACCCUCAUCUCGCAAUUCUACGGCCUCCACCGCGUCAAGAUGGCCUAUGGUCGCAAGAUCCAUUUCGUCGUCAUGAACAACCUCUUCCCGCCGCACCGCGACAUCCACCAGACUUUUGACCUGAAGGGGUCGACCAUUGGACGCGAUCUGCGGGAAGAGGAUCUCGAGAAGAAUCCCAGGGCCACAUUGAAGGAUCUCAAUUGGGUCCGGAGAAACCGUCAGAUCCAAUGCGGUCCGUCGAAGCGAGAUUUCUUCCUCGCCCAGCUGGAACGCGAUGUGGCGCUGCUGAAGCGGCUCAAGAUCAUGGAUUACUCGCUGCUGGUGGGUAUACAUGAUCUGGAACGAGGAAACGAGGAGAAGCUGCGGGACAAGACGCUCCAGGUUUUCCAACCAGGGGGCGACCGGGAAGAGGAGUCCAAUCCUAAUAUGCUGAUGCGUACGCCGUCGAAAUUGGAAAACGAACGUAAGGCGCGGGAGCUGCGCAUGCUCAUAAAGCGAGAACGCCCGGUGCCUCUCGACAAAGCCGCCGCCAAGAUGCCCGAUGAGAUUUUGGAUGAGCGCAAAUUUCAUGUCUUCUAUUCGGACGAUGGUGGUUUCCGGGCCACCCAUGAGAAUGGUCAUCCUGGGGAGGAGAUUUAUUAUCUCGGAAUCAUUGACUGUCUCACACACUACGGAACGGUCAAAAAGAUGGAGCACUUUUUCAAGGGUCUCUCUCAUGAUCGAAACCAGAUUUCGCCCAUACCUCCCGAAAGCUAUGGGGACCGAUUCGUCAAGUUCAUCAAGGGCAUCACGAUGUCCAAAGAGGAAGCGGAACGGUAUCGAGAAUCGCGCGCCUUGGGCCGACCGUCUGCGGAGCGCAGCCCUUCCGUUGAACGGACCAUGCUGGCGGCCGAGAAGGAAGCGGCCAAGGAGCCUUCCAUUACGCAGCCCCGGACGCUCUCCACGGUCCGCGACCCAACAGAGGCGCCUGGCCCCGGUCCAGCCUCCACCCUCCCCAUUGUGGACGAGGCAGGGGAGGCUAGCAGCGUUGGUGGACAAAGCCAGCACAGCCGACAGGGACCACCGGUGGUCGACAAAGAGCUGCCGCCGCUUCCCAACCCCAUUAAUCAGGCCACUGGAAACCAGGCUUUGGCUUGA